GUGUAGUCCAGCAAUGGUACGGCAGAUGUGAGUACAGUCAUUCAUAUCAGGCGCAUUGUAAAGACUGGGUCGGCGCGGCGACAGAAAGUCAACAUUAUUAUGGGAUCAUCAUGAACAAGACCGGUUCUGGCGGUGUCAUGUCUAGUACGAGAGGUGAGGCAUCCAAGCGGCCAUGUUGUCAGGACUUCUGUGAAUGCCUGUGGAAGAUGGCAGACGUGAGUGACAUGUUCGGGUUGGGGGACGCCUGUCGGGGGCUGUUCUCCCGCGCCAAGUCGACAGCUGAAGGCGCGCGGAGGCAAGGCCGUGGGACCGCCGACGGGACCGACACGCCUUCCGCGGGGGACCCCUGUCCGCAAGACGGCACGAGGCUGGACCAUUUGAUAGCUGAGCUACGGGCAAAUAUGAUUGACCUGAUAUCUCUAGACGUGGAUGUUCUUCGACAGUUUCUUCACGUUUACGAAGAAAUAGAGGACCUAAAACUACAGAGGCAGUUUGCUAGCGACGGAUACGACACGGCCAGCACCUACUCUUACGAGUCAGGUUCAAGUGUAGAGUCUCUUCAGAGUGUGGGACGCCCCCUGUCGGGAGGUUUUGACAAUGCAAUGACGUAUCAGUCGAGGGGUUCAAGGUUUCUUGAAGUGCCGAGAAGAGGUGGUUCCUGCUCUCCUAAGCUUGGCUCCCCCAGAUUAAGGCGGCCUCUUUCGGACUCUUCUGGGACAUUUUGUUUUUCACAAUCUACCACAAAAGGGGAAUCCUCUCCGAUAGAGAAUAGCGUAGCCAUGGUUGCCUCGGAAGAACACCUCCUAUCAGGAACAAGCGGAGUUGCAGGGAAACAGAAAGGCAGUUCGCAAGCUUACGACAAGCAUUACAGCCAACGUACAACAGAUAACACAAGAGUUCAUACUGUUUCACACGAUCUGAGAAUGCUAUCCUUAGCUGAUGAUAGACAGCUAUCAGUGCCCAGUAUUGAAGUUACUUCAGUACAAGACUCACAGGAUCAACCGUAUGAUCACAGCACACGCGUAGGCGUACAUGCAGACGGCCUUCUUACAACCAAGACGUCUUUACAAGAUGCUGUGACCAGCCAAAUCCCCCCACAGCUACCCAAGAAGGAGAGAAAAGGAAAGGUAACUCCCUACCAAAGUAACGGCGAUAGCUAUCAGCAGGGACUGGACGAAGAAACCGCUAGACUUAUCCGAACGUGCGAAGAAUACAUGCUGAUCUCAGACAGAGCAUCACAAUCAAUACCUGUGAAUAACAAAAUAAAACCAGUACCGAAUGUACAGAGCAUUAAUACAUAUCAAAAUGGGUACAAUCAAAGUUGGUCUCGGACUAAUAUGAACUUUUCUCUCAGUGACAGAAGGAAUGUUGACGUCACUCCAGAGCGGACACGGCCUGUGUGUAGAAUACGGCCCGGCAUUGAGGCUGUACAUGAUCAUGUAGGGAGCGCAUGCGCACAGGGGGAGGGGGACUAUAUGGUUAUGCUUCCGAUCAUCAGGGUCUCAGGUCAUUAGCUUCUAUGCAAGACAAGUAGAACCAUUGUCAUAAACUUGCAACAAACAUUCCUUCAUGUUUUUUUCCCUACACAUCUGCAUUAUAUGAAUAUGCAAAAUCAUACCAUAUCAAAGAUUUUUGCACAAAGAUUUUCGCUCACAAUAGCCUGACUAAAUCAAGCUUCUAGAAGCCAUUUCACCCGUCAGGCGCCUCGAGAAGGAGGCCCAAUAAGGCCUACGUCACAUUUACAACCGGGUCCCGGCCGAGCAGCAUUCAGGAGUGAAAAGUAUGAUAUAAAAGACACAGAACUACAGAUGACGUAAAGAGAAUAGUCGUUGUCAUUAUGUGUAUAUUUUUUUAUGUACACAUUGCUAUCUUUCGUUUCGACAAACAGCCCGACCGGGUCCGGUUUGGAAAUGUCGUUAGCAUAAGUGAAGGCUCCGACAAGGAGAGAUUGUAAAGCACAGACUACAUUCACAAGAGAUAAGCUGUGAAAGGCACGAGACUGGUAGAAGUGAUGAAUUUGUAGAGCGUAAUAUGUACUCACGGCGACAUGAGCUGCAGAAAGUAUGGGAGUAUGGAAGAAUGAGAAAGUUUAAAGUCCAAGAGACAAGGACUCAAGGAAUGGACAGAGACUUAUGAAUAAAAGGAUUCUGUAGGAUUAAGGAAAUGUUCUGAUGGAUGAAGCUUGGAUGAUGGUGCUGAGCAGUGUUCAAGGGUGGAAUAAAGUGGAUAACAAAGA